AUGUCUCUUGCACCUAUUGAGCCUGUUGAUGUCGACGUCGUCAUCGUGGGUGCAGGUCUCAGCGGCCUUCGUGCCGCCGUUGACAUUCACAAGAGCGGUCUAUCGUACGUGGUUUUGGAGGCCAUGGACCGCGUCGGCGGCAAGACUCUGUCAGUUGCAGCUUCUCCUCAGGGCGGCGUUGUCGAUGUUGGCGCUGCGUGGAUCAACGAUACCAGCCAGGUCGAGAUGUACCGCUUGGCUAAGGAGUUUGGCUUCGAGCUCAUCGAACAAACUGCCACUGGGUUGAGCCUGUACCAAGACAGCAAUCAGAAGACGAUCUCAUUUCCUUACUCUGGCAUGCCAUUUCCACUGGACGACAAGCAACAAGCGCAGCUAGAUGAGGCCUUUGGGCAGAUGGCUGUUCUCGUGGACCGUUCUGAUCCAGAGAUGCCGUGGCUGGGACCCGAUGCCAAGAGGAUUGACUCUCUCACACUCGCGGAGCUGGGAGAAAAGGAGAUUGGAGGCGGCAUUGGUUCGGUUGUCUUGAACAUUCUGUCCCGAGCUUGCCUUGGUCUUGAAAGCAGCGAAGUUGGUGCUCUGCCUGCCAUCGACUACAUCAAAGCUGGAACGGGACUGGAGAACAUCUCUUCAGACCUCAAAGACGGUGCUCAGUACUUGCGAAACCGCCAAGGAAAUCAGACAUUCUCAACCCGGCUUGCCGAAAGUCUCAACGCCGGGGCAGUCAAGCUCUCAAUGCCGGUAUCUAAGAUUACUCAAUCGGAUGAAGGCUGCAUGGUCUCAACCAGCCCCGGCCCAGCGUACAGGUGCAACAAGGUCCUUCUAUCUGUCCCGUCAACUCUCUACCCGUUGAUCGAGUUCACGCCAAGCCUCCCCGCCACGAAAGAGGCACUGAGCAAGUCCAAGUUAGGAUACUACUCGAAGACUAUCUUGGUUUUCGAGAAGCCUUGGUGGCGAGGUGCGGGGUUUUCAGGCUCCAUUGCCUGCGAGACUGGACCAAUCGUUUUCAGCAGAGAUACUUGCGUACCCAAUGACAAGCAGUACAGCAUCACCUGCUUUCACGUUGCUGAGCCUGGUAGGCAGUGGUCUAAGUUGCGGGCGAAAGACCGGCGGGAGGCUGUUCUCAAGCAAUUCCGGGCUAUGUUCAGUACAGUGGUUGACGAUGUCCCUGAGCCAAUCAACAUCAUAGAGAAGGAAUGGACAAAGGAUCCAUGGGCGAGAGGAGCUCCUUCUCCAGUCAUGGGCCCAGAAGUCUUGACAAGUGGCGCCGGAAAGGCUGUUCGCGAGCCCGUAGGCCAUAUCCAUUUUAUCGGAACCGAGACAUCUCUGGUCUGGAAAGGGUACAUGGAAGGGGCGGUGCAAGCUGGUAUCAGGGGCGCAAAGGAAGUCAUCGCGGACUUGGCGGAAUGA